UUAGACAAACUAAAUCUCGAGUGUGACACACAGUACUCGAUCAUUGAGAUGCUUGACUUUUGGAUUGCAAUGUUGAAUUCUGUACGUUUCCUGAUGUCAUGCAACGAUGUUGCUGCACUUCAGGCCAUGUUUGUCAACGUCGGGUGUUUUCAACGAAUGAUUGAAGUUUUGAGUAUUGCACAACAAAAUGCUUCGUCUAAAUCGCACCAGUUGAGCCAACUGUGUGUCGCUGUGGUCAAGGCAGUAGCAACAGUCAUGGGUGACUCGGUAUCAGCAAAGUAGUUAGACAGACAGACGGACAGAUGGACAGAGAG